AGAGUAGCAGAGUCAGAGUAAGGGGGACCAGGAUGAAUACUUUGCUUCUUUCACUGCAAUUGCUGCUUGGCCUGGGAUUGGUCCAAGGGAUUCUCAGAGUGCCCUUGAAGAGACACAAAUCCCUACGGAGAACCCUGAGGGAAAAGGGCCAACUUUCCCAAUUUUGGGAGACUCACAAGUUGGAUAUGGUCCAGUUCAUUGUCUGUUCUCAAGACCAGAGUGCAAAUGAACCUCUCAUCAACUACUUGGACAUGGAAUACUUUGGAGUCAUCUCCAUUGGUUCCCCACCAACAAAAAGAAAUUUCACCGUCAUCUUUGACACAGGUUCUUCCAAUCUCUGGGUCCCUUCUGUGUACUGUGUCAGCCCAGCUUGCAAACCACAAUCAAUUCCGCCCUCUCAGUCCAGCACUUAUAUCGAGAAUGGGAACUCUUUCUCCAUCCAAUAUGGGACAGGAAGCUUGUCUGGAAUCAUUGGAAUGGACCAAGUUUCCGUGGAAGGGAUUACAGUCGCCAAUCAGCAAUUUGGAGAGAGUAUCAAUGAACCUGGAAGCACUUUUGUGAAUGCAGAGUUUGAUGGGAUCCUAGGGCUAGCCUACCCCUCAUUGGCUGUGGGAGUCACUCCCGUGUUCGACAAUAUGAUGGCCCAAAAUCUGGUGGAUAUACCUAUGUCCGUCUAUAUGACCAGGAAUCCAGAGAGCACCACUGGAAGUGAGCUCAUUUUUGGAGGUUAUGAUCACUCUCAUUUCUCCGGGAGUCUGAACUGGGUGCCAGUCACCAAACAGGGCUACUGGCAAAUAGCACUGGACAACAUCCAGGUGGGAGGCACUAUCAUGUUCUGUGCAGAGGGCUGCCAGGCCAUAGUGGACACAGGGACAUCCCUCAUCACAGGACCAUCUGAAAAGAUCAAACAACUGCAAAAUGCCAUUGGGGCAGUGCCAACAGAUGGAGAAUAUGCCAUGGAGUGUAAUAACCUCAACGUGAUGCCAGACAUCACCUUCACCAUCAAUGGAAUUCCUUACACCCUCCCCCCUAAAGCCUACACACUCACGGACUUUGUGGAUGGAAUGGAGUUCUGUACCAGUGGCUUCCAGGGCCUUGACAUCCAGCCCCCGGCUGGGCCACUCUGGAUCCUUGGGGAUGUGUUCCUUGGCCAGUUUUACGCUGUCUUUGACCGUGGCAACAACCUCGUGGGACUGGCCCCUGCUGUCCCCUAAUGUCAGGCUUUCUGUCCCCUGAGACACCUUAGACAAACUCCUUAGACCAAGCUCUCUUUUCCUCCCUUCUGAUAUACCUCCCCUCCUCCAAAGAAAGUUUCAGCUAUUUAGUCUGGAACAGAACCAGGCUGAGCAUGGGAAAACUCUAUCUCCAAGAAUUAAAAACUGUAUUGU